AUGGGACAAGCUACUGCUCUACAGGAGGUUGCGACAGGACGGUACCUUCGUGAAGCUUGGGCAACGUUCACUCGCGACCCUGCCGGCAGGUUUUCGCAGAAAUUGCACUGGCCGACGGUUGGCAGUAAGAGGACCAAUGUGAUUGCAUUGGCAUUGAAUAGUACCGUAGAGGCUGUGCAAAGUGCAUAUGAGAACGAUUCGUAUCACUUCAGUGUUCGGUAA